GUGCAGGAGCGGUUAGCACGGAGGGUGAAGGAUGGGGAGUUCUACGAAGCACAGCAGCUCUAUAAGAGCCUCGCUACAAGGUACUCCUCGCAGUUCAAGUACGAAGACGCCAUGGCACUGCUGCAGUCAGGCGCGUGUGUGCAGCUGGAGCACGGGCAGGUGACGAGUGGCGUGGAGCUGGCUCUGCUGCUCACGGACCUGCUUGUCUCCACUGAGACGCCGUGCUGGGAGGAUUCUCUGGAGCGCAUCACCGCAGUGUACAUCAGCUUCCCGCGCUCAACCGACCCAUCGGGUUUGCUUCCUGGUGAAUCCGAGGAGGCGGGCAGGCUCAGAGUGGACGGCUGCAAGCGCUUCCUCAGAGCCGCGCUCAAGUGGUCGGCUCAAUACCCUGAGAUGCUCUCAGCCCCAUCCAGCCCGCAGGCGCAAGCAAAGCCCUCCUCGCCCACAGCGUCAUCCCCUGCCGCCCUGGCGUCCCUGGGGUCGCCGGCCAUCCACCUCAUGCUCGCCCAGUGCCUGUCCUCCCAGCUGCCUCCACACAAACGGGACUAUGCAGCGGCGUUCUUCCAUUUUGUGUACUCAGACGACCCCACCCUCUUUGCUCACAGCCUGGCUGCAUACGCACGCCAGUGCUACCUCGGUGAGAGGGAUCUCGUCAUUGCCAGGGCUGUCCUCCAGUGUUUGGCGGCAGGGCGACUGCAGCAGGGCAAGCAGCUGUGGGAGAGGCUCAAGACGCAGCAGGCAGCCAUAUGGGCAGCAGACGACACUGCUGCCGAUGCUGCUGACGAUGGUGCUGCAGCUGAUCGUGCUGAUACUGCUGCUGGUGACAGUGGUGCUGUUACUGGUGCAUGCAGUGCGGCUGCCACAGAGGGCAGGUGGCAGGAGUCUCCCCUCUUGCGCUUCAUUCACCUCCUCCUCACCGCAGCUGACCGCAGGGCGCCACCAAUGCUGUCUCAUCUGCGCCGCCGCUAUGAUCUGUCCAUUCAACGCGACCCCGCCUUCCCUCCACUGGUAGACAACAUUGCCUUCCGGCUCUUUGGAGUGCCGCGGCCCGCAGCAGCACCCAACUUCCUAACAGACAUGCUUAAGGUGAGGCGUGCUUAUAGUGAGACAUGCUCGAGGAUGACGCGACUUCACUUUGAGGGGGCCAAGGGAAGAGAAGCAGGUACAGUGGGAGGAGCAGGUACAGUGGGAGGAGCAGGUACAGUGGGAGGAGCAGGUACAGUGGGAGGUGCAGGUACAGUGGGAGGAGCAGGUACAGUGGGAGGUGCAGGCACAGUGGGAGGUGCAGGUACAGUGGGAGGUGCAGGUACAGUGGGAGGUGCAGGUACAGUGGGAGGUGCAUGUACAGUGGGAGGUGCAUGUACAGUGGGAGGUGCAGGCAUGGAGAUAGGUGCAGGCAUGGAGAUAGGUGCAGGCAUGGAGAUAGGUGCAGGCAUGGAGAUAGGUGCAGGCAUGGAGAUAGGUGCAGGCAUGGAGAUAGGUGCAGGCAUGGAGAUAGGUGCAGGCAUGGAGAUAGGUGCAGGCAUGGAGAUAGGUGCAGGCAUGGAGAUAGGUGCAGGCAUGGCAGGGAAGGACGUGAUUUGCAUGAUUACUGUCGUAGGUGGGGGAAGCACUCUCACGAUGAAUGGACGUGCAUCAGCAUUCUGA